AUGGACUACAACCCCGCAGAGCACGACGAGGUCGUGUCUCAGUUCUGUAACAUGACAGGAACCAAGCCCGCCGAGGCACAAGAGUACCUUUCUGCCAACGGGUGGGACGUGGAAGCUGCCGUGACCGAGUUCUUCGCGGAGCAAGAUGAGGCGCUACAGGACAUGAACACCGGUGGUGGCCGACGACUAGGCACGGAAGAGACAGCUCAAACAGCUGGAGGAGGUCGCUCCCUCGGAGGGGGGCCCGUUCCAGCUUCCUCAUCUGCAGCACCCCAGUCUUCGUCAUCGAGCCGACGUGCUGCGCCAAAGAAGAAGUUUGCGACAUUGGGUGACUUUGCUACGGGGAGUGGUGGUGACUCUUCCUCCGAGGAUGGCUCCGAGGACCAGGACUUUUUCGCUGGUGGAGAGAAAUCUGGCUUGGCUGUGCAAAACCCGGAUGACUUGAAAAGGAAGAUCCUCGAAAAGGCUCGCAGAGCCCAGCCUCCAUCCUCAGAUGAGCCUCAGUCCCGACCCUCUUACUUCACCGGAACUGCCCGCACCCUGGGUGGCGACGACGCUCCUAGCAGAGUUGUCGAAAACCCCUCCGAACCUCAACCGCAACGGCCCCAGCGCGUCCACCGAACUCUUCACUUUUGGGCUGAUGGCUUUUCGGUCGAUGAUGGAGAGCUAUACCGCACUGAUGACCCCCGCAAUGCUGAAAUCCUGGAAGGUAUCCGCCAGGGUCGCGCUCCUUUGACUAUUAUGAAUGUUCAAGCGGGGCAAGAAGUCGACGUCGAGUUGAAGCAACAUGACGAGAACUACGUGAAGCCCAAGCCUAAGUAUAUGCCCUUCUCGGGUGUUGGACAGCGGCUUGGAAGCCCUACUCCUGGCGUGGCAAGCAGCCAGUCCUCUACUCCCUCCGCUGCGCCCGCUCCCACUACGGCUGGGCCCCCCAAGCCUGAAGUGGAUGAAUCGCAGCCGACAGUUACUUUGCAGGUGCGUUUGGGAGACGGCACUCGACUGACGUCCCGUUUCAACACUACUGCCACCAUCGGUGAUGUCUACGCCUUCGUUGCAGCCUCCACUCCCGAUGGUCGGAACCGCGCGUGGGUGCUCAUGACCACAUUCCCCAGCAAGGAGCUCAGUGACUGGGAUGUGACUCUCGGUGACCUACCAGAGUUCAAGCGAGGCGGCGUGGUUGUCCAAAAGUGGACGUAG